CGUUCCGUUUUCGUCGGCCCUGAAUCGAGGAAUCGAAUCGCGUCGUAUAUUUUUAGUCUUGCAGUAAAAUUACUUUUUAGUAAUUAAUUAAUUUUAAGUCCCAUCCGAAAAUCAUUUGCACAACGGACUCGGAUCAAAGUAAUUCAGUUGUUAGAGGUGCUUAUCCUUUUCUUUUUAUUGUAACAAGUCGCUCGGCAUGGAAACUUCUGAAAAAGAUAAAACCGCGAGCGACGACGCCGAGGGCUCACUGGGAGCUCUCGAGAAGGUGCCAUCAGAGGAUGCGGUGGCCCAGGCUGAGGCAGCGGUGAAGGAAAGUCAAGAUUCCAAUCCGGACGCGGCCAAUUCGGAUUCAGUAUUGCCGGAAAAGGCCAAGAGCAAGUCUCCCUCACCGUCGCCAGCCAAGGAGAAUGGUGAUAAUGCUGGCGAGCCCGAUUCCGAGGCCCCUGAAGCCGCCACCGCCGCCCGUUCGCGUAGUCGCAGCCGCAGUGGAUCCAGGAAGUCCAGGAGCGCAUCCCGCUCGCAAAGCGGAUCACGGCGCUCGCGCAGCGGAUCGGCCCACUCGGCAGCCAGUUCGCGGCACUCCAAGCAGUCCUUAAAUGGCUCCCGGCGCUCUCGCAGCGGAUCUGCCCGCUCGCGCAGUGGAUCCCGCCAUUCUGGCGCAGCUCCUGGCUCGCCCACUGGCUCUAGGCGUUCCCGCAGUGGCUCUCGAAGGUCCCGCAGCGGCUCCAGGCGUUCCCGCAGUGGCUCCAAGCGGUCCCGCAGUGGCUCCAAACGAUCCCGUAGUGGAUCCCAGCGUUCGCGCAGCCGCUCCGGCUCUAGACGCUCCAGUCGAUCCAGGAGCGGCUCGCGCAGAUCGCGCAGUGGCUCAGGAUCUAGACGUUCGCGCAGUGGAUCUGGAUCGAGGCGUUCUCGAAGUGGCUCCAGGCGCUCUAGGAGCGGAUCUAGGCGCUCCCGCAGUGGCUCCAGGCGUUCUCGCAGUGGAUCGGCUCGCUCGCGCAGCGGAUCUCGGCGUUCCCGCAGUGGAUCGAGGCGUUCGCGCAGUGGAUCCGGCUCCAGGCGGUCUAGGAGUGGAUCUAGGCGCUCCCGAAGCGGAUCCAGGCGCUCUAGGAGCGGCUCCAGGCGCUCUCGAAGUGGAUCCAGGCGUUCUAGAAGUGGUUCUAGGCGCUCUAGAAGUGGCUCCAGGCGCUCUAGAAGUGGCUCCAGGCGUUCUAGGAGUGGAUCCAGGCGCUCUAGGAGUGGAUCCAGGCGCUCUAGAAGCGGAUCUAGGCGUUCUAGGAGUGGAUCCAGGCGCUCUAGAAGUGGAUCCCGGCGCUCUAGGAGCGGAUCACGGCGCUCUAAAAGCGGUUCUCGCUCCCGCUCUCGUAGUCGCUCCAAUGCAUCUCGAAAGGGAUCUCGAUCUCGGUCCGGCAGUGCCGCAUCCCAGAAUGACGCCAGGCGUAAAAGAUUAGCCAUCAGUGAUUCCGAGGACGAGGGACCGAAGAUAGUCAAAAAACGCGCAAAAAUCACAGACACAGACAACGAAGAGGAGGAAGACCAGGAUAAAGGCCUGGGCAAAGAAAAGUCACAAGAAAAAAUCACAGAAAGCUCAGACGAUGAGAACACACCAAUUUCAAAUGAACCAGAAAACAGUAACUUUAUUUCCGACUUUGAUGCGAUGCUUUUGCGCAAGAAGGAGGAGAAGCGAGUGCGACGUCGCAAGCGUGAUAUCGAUCUGAUCAACGACAACGAUGAUCUGAUUGAUCAGCUAAUCAUCAGCAUGAAGAACGCCUCGGAUGACGACCGUCAGCUGAACAUGAUGGGUCAGCCGGCCACGAAGAAGAUUUCCAUGCUGAAGCAAGUGAUGUCGCAGCUGAUCAAGAAGCACUUGCAGCUCGCCUUCUUGGAGCACAACAUACUCAAUGUACUUACAGACUGGCUGGCGCCCCUGCCAAACAAAAGUCUGCCCUGUCUUCAGAUACGCGAGAGUAUUCUUAAGCUCUUGUCAGAUUUUCCUACCAUUGAAAAGGGACUGCUGAAGCAGUCGGGCAUUGGCAAAGCUGUGAUGUACUUGUACAAACAUCCCCAGGAGACCAAGACGAAUCGCGAUCGAGCCGGUCGCCUGAUCUCCGAGUGGGCCCGCCCCAUAUUCAACCUCAGCUGCAACUUCUCGGCGAUGAGCAAGGAGGAGCGGCAGGAACGUGAUUUGGCGCAGAUGUCGCGGCAUCGCCACAAGAGUCCCGAUCCAGAGCCAGCCUCCAGCAGCAGAGGCCCAUCCCUGAAUCACACAUUCGCCUUCGAUGACAAGCUGCUGCGUCCCGGAGAUCCCGGCUGGGUGGCCCGCGCCCGUGUGCCCAUGCCCUCCAACAAGGACUACGUCAUUCGCCCCAAAUCCACCGUUGAGGGCGAAAUCUCCACGUCAACCAAGCGUAAGCCAAACCGCUACGAAAAGCAUAUGAAGCGUUUUCUGGACUCGAAGCGACUGAAGGAGAGCCGCAGGGCUGUCGAGAUAUCUAUAGAGGGUCGCAAGAUGGCACUGUAAGCAGCAUUCUAGCUAACUUUAAAACAAAUAAAAUCCAAAUCAUAGAACAAAAUUAAAGAUAUAUUUUUGAAUAUACCUAAUAACACUUAAAA